GACUUGCUUGCUUCCUGCACAGACCGGAAGUAAGCCGAGGAGCGGACCUGGAGGUGACCGACUGGCACUGUUUUCUUUAUAAAGAAAAGGAUCGAGAAGCGUUUGGAGUUUUGAUCAGGCGUGCGGUUCCGGUUCAGCGGUGAAAUGGGCUCUCAUCUGGUGCGGAGCUACAUCACGGAGCGGGACACGACACCGGACCCGAGAGGCCCGUUACAGCACGACCCGCAGUUCGGCUUCCCCGAGGAGAGGAAGGAGAGAGAGCCCGUGGCCACUCAGGAGCACAUGAACUUGGCCAUGUUGCCGCUGGAGCAGCGUGAUUACUGCGCUCACUACCUGAUGAAACUGAUGAAGUGUAAGAGAGACAACUUCCCCAACUUCCUGGCCUGCAAGCACGAGAGACACGACUGGGAUUACUGCGAACACCAGGAUUACGUGAUGCGAAUGAAGGAGUACGAGCGAGAGAGACGGCUGAACCUGAGGAAGAAGAGGAUCGAAGCCCAGGCAGCAUAGUCGUCCCGAUCACCCAUCUGUCCCACUGUCCUCUUGUUCAUGGUCUCUGUCUGUAAAUACCAAACUGCUCUCGAUAAUAAAGAGCACCUUUAUCCUGCCUCCA